AUGAGUGAUGAGAAAAACAUUUCGAUCGAAGGAGACGAUAAUUCCACUUCUAGAAUUAGAACAACAAGUGAGUGCUCCUUUACCAGCGACGAUGGUGCUUCGGGAUACACUACAGGAAAACGCCAAAGAACCACAUCCCACCAAUUUAUGGUAGCUAGCGGCUUAACGGCCGCUUCUCCUCCGAAAUAUGUGAGUUUAGAAGAAAUCAUGCAAGCUGCGAACGGAAUGAAAGACAUGGCCUUGGUACAUCAGAUUGUAGUCGAUAAGGAUUUCCAGCUGAAGAGAGCAGAACCGGAACCGAACAGUUUGCAAAAAAAGAUAAGAGACUCCAUGCAUAAGGCCUUUUGGGACCUACUGCGGUCCGAGCUGGGCGAAGAUCCACCAGUUUAUUCGCAAGCGUUCAACCUCCUUGAAGAAAUUAAGCAAGGCUUAUUCUCCGUGUUAUUACCUCAGCAUACUAGAAUUAAACAACAAAUAUCUGAAGUUUUAGACACAGAUUUAAUAAAGCAGCAAGCACAAAAGGGAACAUUGGAUUUUAAGAAUUACGCAGAAUAUGUUAUAUCUGUGAUGGCAAAAUUAUGUGCGCCUGUUCGAGAUGAUAAAAUUCGUGAAUUAACAGAAACCGUCGAUGUUAUUGACACCUUCAAAGGUAUUCUUGAGACGUUGGAUUUAAUGAAGCUGGACAUGGCUAAUUUUACCAUACAAGUGGCCAAACCGGACAUUAUUGCAGCCAGUGUUGAAUUAGAACGAAAGAAAUUCGCUGAUUAUUUAGCGGUACAAAGUGACGGUUUAUCGUGUACUAGAAAAUGGUUGCUGAAAUAUAUAAAUAGCGAUCAAAGCGUACCAGAUAAUAUUGAAUACGAAAAGUUUAUAAAGUCUGUGGUGAAAAGGGCUUUCACACAAGCUUGCGUUGAGCUAAUAGAUUGGCCUGCAAAUGAUGAAUAUCCUGAAACCUUCAUGUUGGAUAUAGACCGAUUAGACGAUUUACAAAUUCGAACCUAUCGAUUGUCGUGCAUUGCUACCGUUCUUCUAGUCACACUUAGUAACGCAGGGAUUGAUUUACAAUCGAUAGCCGAAUUCAAGCAGUCUUUAAAAGAGCACGUCUGUAUUUUACUACAGAAUAUCAAAAACGAAAGUGACCUACAAGAGGCUCUACCGAAUUUGGCCGAACAACUUAUAACAGAUCUAAAAAAUGCCCAACAAAAGUACGAACGUCCAGUUUUAUUUGAAGCCGCCGAGGAAAACCUGAGGAAGCAAAUUUUAGAUAUAGGAAAGCCGGAUCAUAAAGUUAAAGAAAUAUGUAAACAAAGAGUAAAGGACUUCUUUUUGGAUAUAAUCGAAUCUUCGACGGCGGCGCCUCAAAAGGUACCUUCCGGUUUGACGGCGCUUCAGAAGGAACUGGCCGAAAUUGCGGGGCAAUUUCUGCGGAUCGUGUCGCACAACAGUUCUGUAUUUUGCAUUUAUUACUUCGAUAUCGUGGCCGCUGCUCUACCAAAACCUGCAUAA